GAUUCUUGUGUCAGUGUUUGGAAGGGAGAAAUGGGACAUGAAGCGAGUUCCAGCGUUACAAAAUGCUUGAUUCCUCACAGGAUUACAGAUAACCUACAUUUUUGCUCGGAUGGUGCAGCCCAUUUGCGUGUUAUCACCGGUAAAGUUGUUGUCCUACGUAGCCUUGGCCAUUCCGGUCCUGGAAAAUCUGGUUCCGCUCAACUCUAUAGUAGUACUCAAAUAGACACAGGCACAGGAAGAGGAAAACUUAGCGAAAAAGCGAAAUUUAAGAAAGGGAAGAAUACCGAACACAAUGGUCUGAGCACAAAAACUUAUAAAGUGAAGUUCCACGUUGAACAAGAAUUUGGAGUACCAGGUGCUUUGGUCGUAAAGAACCGAAACAAAAAUGAAUUCUUCCUGCAGUUUGUGAUACUUGAAGAUACCGCUAACCGGAAUAUUCGUUUCGAGUGCAAUUCAUGGGUUUAUCCAUUUAGUAAGACGAAUUCUGACCGGUUAUUCUUCUCCAACACUAGUUAUCUUCCGGGAAAAACACCGGAAGCACUAGUAAGGCUUAGACAAGAAGAACUCGUUAUGAUAAGAGGAGAUGGGACGGGAGAAAGGAAGAAAUGGGAUCGAAUUUAUGACUAUGAUUAUUACAAUGAUCUUGGAAAUCCAGACAAAGACCACCAACUUGCAAGACCCGUCCUUGGCGGAUCAAAAUUGUAUCCGUACCCACGUAGAGGAAGAACUGGCCGCCUCGCAACGAAACAAGACCCUUCAACGGAGAGUCGACCAGGAAUUAUCAACUUAGACAUUUACGUUCCACCAGACGAACGGUUUAGCCCAGCGAAAUUUUCAGAAUUCAUAUCAAAUACUGUUCGAGCAAUUAUGCAUUUUAUCAUACCAGAAGCAAAAUCAAUAUUUCACCAAAGUUCUGGUAAUUAUGAAUCGUUUGCUGAGAUACGCGAAAUGUUUGCUAAUAACCGGAACCAGAAGUUAGAAGGAUGGAUGAUGGACAAAUUGAAGUAUUUAAUCCCUGAAGAUCUUUUUAAGGAUAUUCAAAAAGCAUCUAAAGAAAAAUCAAGCAAGUUUCCAAUUCCUCAGAUUAUUGCAGCGAAUGAAUUUGCAUGGAAGGAUGAUGCGGAAUUUGCGAGGGAAAUGCUUGCUGGUCUUAAUCCAGCAGUAAUCCAAUGUUUACAGAAAUUUCCACCUGAAAGCAAAACAGGAAAAUUGAGCAAAAUAAGAGCUUCACACAUUGAGCACAACCUAGAUGGCCUUACUCUUGAGAUGGCAAUGGAACAAUGGAGGAUAUUCAUAUUAGACCACCAUGAUUAUCUCAUGCCAUUUUUGAACAAAAUUAACAAAGAGGGUGGUGUAUGUGUUUAUGCGUCUCGGACACUCUUAUUUCUACGAGAUGAUGGCACAUUAAAACCACUUGUUAUAGAAUUAAGCUUACCAGGGUUGGAUGAUGAAGAUGAAGAAAUAAAUCGUAUUUUUCUUCCAGCAACUCAAGGCAUUGAAGCUGCAUUAUGGCAAAUAGCAAAAACUCAUGUUGUUAUUAAUGACUCCGGUUACCAUCAACUAAUCAGCCACUGGCUGAACACUCACGCAACUGUAGAACCAUUUAUCAUUGCAACGAAACGACAGUUGAGUGAGAUGCAUCCAAUACAUCGCUUGCUAAAUCCGCAUUUUAAAGAUACAAUGCAUAUCAAUGCAAUUGCUCGGAGUAUAGUCCUAAAUGCUGGAGGAGGUCUAGAGAAGUCGUUGUUCACAGGAAAGAUCUCCAUGGAGCUUUCAUCUAAUCUCUACAAGAAUUGGAGAUUUGAUGAACAAUCCCUUCCUAACGAUCUUGUCAAAAGACGUUUGGCGAUCAAAAGUGAUAAGAAUCCGUCCGGGGUUCAACUUCUUUUUGAAGAUUAUCCUUAUGGAGCCGAUGGACUUGACAUAUGGAAUGCUAUCAACACAUGGGUCAAAAAUUACUGUUCGAUCUUCUAUACAAACGACGAAACCGUUAAAACAGAUAAAGAAAUUCAAGCAUGGUGGUCUGAAAUCCGAAACGUAGGUCAUGGCGACAAGUGCAAUGAAAAAUGGUGGUGCGACAUGUCUUCAGUCUCCAACCUUAUAGAGGCAUUAACAACUCUAAUCUGGAUAUCCUCAGCUCUUCACGCCUCUGUAAACUUUGGUCAGUACGGAUACGGUGGUUACCCUCCUAACCGUCCUGCACUAUGCCGAAAAUUCAUUCCAAAAGAAGGUACAUUUGAGUUUGCUGAGUUCCUCAGUGACCCGGAUAAAUAUUUCCUAAAAAUGUUGCCUGAGAAAAUGGAAAUGAGUCUUGGUGUGGCACUAGUAGAAAUUCUUUCGCGACAUACAUCAGACGAAGUGUACUUGGGGCAGAGACAGGCUGGGUGGACAGAUAACGUAGAGGUUCGUCGAGGUUUCGAGAAAUUUAGACAGAACUUGAUCGAAGUCGAAAAGAAAAUAUUGGCCAGGAAUAAAGAUCCUAAGCUUAAAAACAGAUUAGGACCUGCAAAUAUUCCUUAUACUCUUUUGUUUCCAGAUACUUCAAAUGUGACUUCUAAAGGGGGUCUUACGGGAAAGGGAAUCCCGAACAGUGUUUCAAUAUAGCCCACCAGCAACUUUUCGACUUACAGCCUGUAAGUUACAGGAGUGCAAUAAUAUAUAAUAGUGAUCACAGUCACAGAUCACUUAAUCAUAUAUAAGCUUCAUUCCAUUUUGUGUGUUUCUUUUCCAGUUUGGACAUGCAUGUACGUGUUAUAUACUCUGUCAAGUUCUCGACAAGUCUUAAUCUUUCUCAUUAAUAUUC